AUGUCCAUUUCUAUCAAGAGAAGUAUUACGUCAUCACACCAGGACUCGGGUCUUCCUAAGAGACAGUGUCUGGUGAACAGCAACUCUGUGGUGAACAGGCUCUGCGCGUACAGAAACGCCGGCAGGCUGACCAGAGAUGGCACUGUCGACGCGUCGUCGUCGUCGGACGACAACGACGACGAGGACCGCGAUGGUGACGACGACAAGUCAGACGUCGAGCAGGCUGCAGAGCGGUCGAACGCGUUGAAGGUGAAGUCCAUCCGGUUCGCAGACUCGAUCUGCGGCACGCCGAUCGACUCGCGGCUCUCGAAGGCUGUUUCGCAGUACAGCGACGACGAGGACGACGAGGACUACGACAACGGCAACGGCGGCGAGAAGGACAGCGUGAAGAUCGCCGAGGCCCGCCACGAAAACGAGCACGCUGCGCGUGCCAGCGGCAGAAGGGACAGCAGCUCCGCUCACAGAAAAGAGGAAGGCCUCUGCAGCAGCGGCAAGUCGAGUCCGUUCUCCGAGGGCCGUGCGUUUUCCCUGAACAGGAAGAGAGCGACGUCCACCAACGACAUCUUGAAUGUCAACUAUGUCUCCGGGCACGGGCUCUUGAACAACAAGAGGUACUCGGUGAACAUCUCGGACGUCGUGAGCUCGAUUCCAAACAGCAGCGAGAACUUCCACUCGUUCAACCUGUCGAACAAGGCUCUGAAGCACAGCGGGAACAUCCCGCGUUGCGAUUUCAUUGCCAGAUCGCGUUGCUUCGAGUAUUUGGUGGGUGCCAUUGAUGAAGCCUGGGCUCGUUACUGCGACUCGACCUCCUACGACGAGGACUUGGCGUACGGCUACGAUGACAGCAAAAGCAAUAGAGGUAUUGCCAACACCAGAAACAAUGACACCGACUGCAACAUAUCUGCUGGCGGUGCUGGCGCAGCUGUCGCCAACACCCCCAGCUCCAACAACUACUCCUCCGAUGACGACGAGGGAUACAAGACCGAGUUCUCGGCAACCACCACUGUCACUGAGUACGACAGCGACUUCCACAACCAGGGCGGCAACAAGUUCAGAUCUUUCAGCAUGAUCAACAACACGCUCAACGGCAACUCCACGAAGAGUAACAACAACAACAACAACCGGCGCGUCUCCGAGGUGCCGGAGAACGUGCGUCUCCAGGAGUUGAAGGACCGCUUCACCAAGUCCAAGUACUAUCUCGAGGACUUGGUGGACUCCGAUCUCCACAGCGACUGCGUGGCGUUCUGGACCAAGUGGGACUUGAUCAAGUACUCCAUCGUGGACUUUGUCGAAGAGGACGAAGAGGACGACGACAUUGAAAGAAAGAUCGACGAGUUGGAAGCAGGACGCUUUGCUGGUUCAUUCGUCAACUGA